AUGCAUCUUAAAUGUGUCCUCUCACGUGAUACCGCCUUGAAUAUAUGUGCAACUCUUCCCCCAUACGCAUCAUCAUCAAGCAAACGUGUCAUUUAUAGUAGUGCAGCAGCGCGUAUCCUCAAGUCCAUCGUGCUGGAGAGCCUGGACUCGGACGAGGGGGCGGAGCGGCCGCCGCUGCCGCCGCCGUCGGUGCCGCCGCCCGCGCCGCCCGCGCACCAGGUGCACUCGCCGCGCCAGCCGCCCCCGCCGCCGCUGCCGGAGCCGCUGCUGGUCAUGGAAGGCACGGCGGUGCUACCCAUGGCCCACGCGCCAGGUGAGCACGCCCAGGCGCGCUACUUCCGACGGUAGAGGGCGCGGUUCUCCCUCGCGUUUGCUCACCGCACACCAUUGCUCACUGACGUGUCCCUCGGCUAGUCACUUUGGGGAGUGAAGGUAUGGUGAUCCCUGGUGAAAGGACGUUUUUGUUCGAGUAUGUAGACUUGCACCUCAAGACAGCACCGUAUGAUCUAUCUGUGGACGAACUAGAGAUUAUAAAAUAUGUGAAUAAAACCAUUAAAACGCAGAAAAGACUACUUUCUUCCAAGAAAUAGUGUACAAAUUCUUUAGCCAGCACUGUAUCAUAAUCAGGUACAAGUACUAUUUGAUUGAUUUUAUCAGGGAUAUUUACGCUAAUAGGAACUAUAACGUCCAGAUAUGCAAUUUCUGCCCUUAUCGCGACUCCUAUCUUCACUGUUUAGGGGAUAAUAUAGUUGAUGUUCAUGUAAUAUACAUACCCCCCCAAAUCCAUAAAUACAAGUCAAACUCGCAAAACCUUAAUCUUGUUCAGAUCGAUUAGAGUACAUCAAACAUAGAGAAAUUCGACUGAACGGGUUAGGCGCUAGCAUUCACAAAGACAGACGGACAAACAAACGUUUUAACGUCAGUCGAUUUUUCAAUUUCAAAGACCUAUAAACAUGGAUUCUUACUUCACAGCGUGUUGAAUGAUGUAAUUGACUGCAUAUAGGAACAAGGGUUAUCCACUUUUUCGUUAAGUGUUCGACAAUCAAUUUUUUUCUGUCGAAAAACAGCUGAUUUCCUCAACGCGAUUACAAUAAUUUCUCUUUACUACUUCCGUUGUAAGGUGAGAAAAUAAAAUCUUCCUCAGAGCAGAGAAUAGGUUAAAUGUCAUCACUGUUUCAACUGACAAAAAACCUUCAUUGUGGCCUUUCGUAUUGGUAUUGGAUGAUUAGUUGACGGAUUUGUUAACUUUACAAAUGUAUUGUUAACUUUAAUUUUACAUAUGUAUUGAUUUCGUACUAACUUUUUAUUGGAGAGAUUUCCCGUUUGGAUCUUCAUAUCAUUCUUUCCAGUAUAUCAAGUUCUAAUUCAUCGAAUUUUAAUAUGAAUGAAUAAUAAAGGUAUUUGUUUUCUAAUUCAGGACUGAUGGAUAGGGUUUUACUGAGUUUCAGCGGUACCAGAGAGGGGAUUCGGUAUAACCUGGAAUAAAAGUUAGUGGAUUGACAAGUGAUAUGAUGUGCUACCGGCUAAAAGUUGAUUUCUCCUGAAACAGAUGUGUAUUAUUGCAACAUAAUCCUACAGCCAUGAAGCACGACAAAUAAAUGACCGAAACUUUGACACUGUAGACAAAAAAGUAUUUUUGUUGGUCUCCCUCACGAUUCGCAAAGGAUAGGUAAACAAUAACUAAUGUAAAUGGUCUCCUCUGAAUAUCAUUGACAGUUCAAUGGUAAUACUGGAAAUUAAAUAGUUUGUGAGUUAACAAAAUUAAACUCAAACUUUGUUCUGAGGAGGUGUUCAUUUCAAUUUUUACUUUUCCUCCCUUUAUUGCUGAGAAAAUAUUGAGAUCAUCUUAACGAUAUGAUCAAUCUCAGUUGCGAAAUUUGUGCUGCAACUUUGUACACAUUCCAGAAUUACGGUCUAUUAGGUUUGUCCAAAUAUGGUUAAUCUUGGUGCUGGUAGCGAGAAGUUACACGCGGUUUUGAAAAUUGGAACAUAUGAAUGUUCGAGUACGGAUGGAUUAGAGGUUGUGACACACAUUACUCUGUCACACAAGCUUUUGAGCUGAAACUUGGUUAAUACGUCACAAGUAAAAUAUAGAUGUGCUAUUCCGAAGAUUAUUUUGAAUGGCUUUUUACAGGAAUCCGCAGUAACAUUUUCCUUUUUUUAACGAAAAAUUGUAGGAAUGCUUUUCUUUAAUUUUUUGCUCUAAUAGAAUAAAGUGGAUUUAUAAUAACAUUAAAAUUCCAACUUCAUCAAAAGCUAUGAAAAUUUCAAAUUUACAACGUUCAAAUGUAUUUGCAAAAUUGUUCUGUACUUCCAAUAUUAAAGCCUGAAAUUUAUUUAUCAAUGCAAUUUAUGCCUCAAUAUUAGAUUUUAAAAAGAGAGAGUAAUUAUUUACUAAUAGCAAACGGCACUAAAAGAAAGAAAAGUUUCGAUGUAAUUCGCAUUCCCACUAGUUUUGUUAAAGAGAAAUUAAUUCUGAAAUUGUUUACUUUCCUUGAAAACAGAUCAUUCAAUUUAGACACUGCAAUACAAUGAAUGCUAUUUUACGUGUACUGUUUGACAUCUAUCUUCUUUUUACUUAAUUCUUUAUUCUUAAACAUGUUAAAGAGUUGACGUCUCGGGAUAACCUCCAUCUUCACUCCCCAUAAUGGAUGCUAAUUUCUGAUUCUGAAAUCUAAUUUAUGCAACUUAAAAUUAUACCUAUAUGCUCUUAAACACAGACUAUAAAAUUUUAUUUGCCAUUGACGUAGGUUUUUCAGCGUCCCUUCCAAGACGCAGUGCAUUCGUCUAGAAUUUCUAGAAAAAAUUAAUAAAUAGUAAUUGUGGAAAUUAAUUUAUUAUUUAUGUUAUUGAUUGUUAUGUGUGUAUUUGAGUAAUUUAGUGCACCACAUUUCAUUCGUUAUUGUGAACCUUUAUUAAUAAAAUGUCACUGCCUAACUUUAAAGAUUUAAAAAACACAAUAAAACCUUCAAAAAUCAAGAACUUUCUGUUAUAUUUCUAUUUCGUAUUACCACUCAUGCAUUUCUCUGUACGUUCUGCAACUCAAGAUGCAUGGCUAUAAUAUUUUCAUUUAUUUUGAACAAAUUAUUGAUGUUCGUAAUCAUUUUUCCAUUUUUUACUGCCACAUCACUUCUCACGUUUCAAAGUACUGUUUCUACAUUUUUCACGACACUCUAAUUAUUUCCUUUACUUUUAUUCAACGCCUUUGGAAGCUAAACAAAACUUAAUCAUGCUGACUGAUAGGCAAAAGAACACAGUGGUAAUUUUCUAGUCAUCUCUUUACUACUUGAUAUUUUACUUAAAUGAAAAAAGGAUAAACGUUUUAAUAUCGUAAACUUUAAUUAUUUGAAACAAGUAAC